CAACGUCGCGAUGAAGUAUUCACGAGUUGUGUCUCGAGUAAGCACAUUCAAUGGUGUUGGACUAUUAACAAUCUAGUUCAAAGACAAAACAAAUAGUCUUUCUAUUUAAUUUUAUAUAUCAAUUUUUUAUUACAUUUUAUUGUUUAUUCCAUUAAUAUUUAACUAAGUUUACUUCAGUAUUUUCUCUGUUUAAUUAAUUGUGGGAUCGAUAUUCUUUUGGUAAUACAAUAAACCGUCCAAGAUGUCAUCGGUAAUGUUUGAGUCAUUGAGUGAUAAAGUGGCAUUGUUCAACCGGCAAGCCAACAAUCAUAUCUCCAGUCAAAGUCGAAAUCCCUUUACAACUGGUAUGAAUUUAGAAAGACCCAAAUUCUCUAAAGAAGAAUAUGGCAGACCUGCUGCAGGAUCACAGUCUGAUAUUCGGGGACGCAAAGCUACAGCUCACAUCCUUAAAGAAAUCUUAGAACUCUGUGAUGUAAUAUAUCAAAAUGGACAGCCCUGCAGAGAUCAGCCGGAAAUAACCGCUAUUAGAUUCGGUGAUUUGUUCAACAUUUAUGUCGCAAUUAGUGACAAAUGUGUGGGAUUAUUGCUGAGAGCCAGAAAACAAGGAUUCGUCGAGUUUGAGGGUGAAUGUCUCUUUCAGAGACGAGAUGAUGAUGUUCCAGUUUUCCUCGUCAAACCCAUUUCAGAAAUAAGGCAAACGUUGAAGCAAAGAAUAGAAGAUUCAAGACGUGAGACAAUGGGUCAAUGACGAAAAAAUAUUCAAAUAUUUAAUUUAAAAUAAAUUGGUAUUAUUAAAUGAUCCUAAUGUAUGUUAUUGAUUAGUUAAACUUGUCUAGUUGAGACACGGUAUAAUUUAUUAGGAGAGUAAAUUAAUUUUUUUAUUGAUGUUCGAUAAAAUAAGAAUGUGUCAUAGAAAGUAUGAAUGAGUGUUUUAUAUAUCUUACAGCUGUAAAUACUGUUUAAAAUAAGAUAUUACUGGAAUAUGUAUGUGAUACACUUGAGAGUACGUAAAAUAAAUUUUUAUGAUGGUUCUUACA